AUGGCUUCGGACCAAGAGGCUGCCACCGCGCUUAAGACGCAGGGUAACAAGGCGUUUGCCCAACAUGACUGGCCGACCGCGAUAGACUUUUAUACCCAAGCAAUCGAAAAAUAUGAUAAAGAGCCCUCUUUCUUCUGUAACCGGGCUCAGGCCCAGAUCAAACUCGAGGCCUUUGGCUACGCCCUAGCUGAUGCCACCGCGGCUUUGGAAUUGGACCCGGACUACGUCAAGGCUUACUGGAGGCGUGCCCUUGCCAACACUGCGAUCUUGAGCUACAAGGCGGCUUUGAAGGAUUUCAAGGCAGUCAUCAAGCGCGAGCCUAACAACAACAAUGCGAAGUUGAAGUUGGCCGAAUGUGAGAAGCUGGUGCGCCGCAUCGAGUUUGAGAAGGCCAUUGAGGUAUCGGACCCGCCAUCUGCGUUCGAGGGUUUGGAUAUCGAUGCUAUUAAGGUGGAGGAUGGAUAUGAUGGAGUGCGCCUGGGCGAGGAGAUGACACAGGAAUUUAUCGACGAUAUGAUUCAACGAUUUAAGGACGGCAAGAGGAUUCACCGCAAGUAUGUCUUCCAGAUUAUCAAGGCCGUAAAGGAUCUGGUAUACAACGAACCGACAAUGGUGGAGAUCGGCGUGGAGACCGGCAAGAAGUUGACUGUCUGUGGUGAUACUCACGGCCAAUAUUUCGAUCUGCUGGAGAUCUUCCGUCGUAACGGCGCGCCUUCUGAUACCCAUGCUUAUCUUUUCAAUGGUGACUUUGUCGAUCGUGGUUCGUGGUCGUGUGAGAUUGCUCUGCUGCUUUAUGCAUACAAGUGGCUCCGACCGAACGGACUCUUCUUGAACCGCGGAAACCAUGAAACAGAUGAUAUGAACAAGGUAUACGGAUUCGAGGGCGAAUGUAAGGCGAAGUAUAAUGAGCGGGUCUUCAAGGUCUUCUCCGAAUCGUUCUCUGCCUUGCCGCUGGCUACUUUGAUUGGUCAGAAGUAUCUUGUUUUGCACGGUGGUCUCUUCUCCGAUGAUAAGAUUACCUUGGAUGAUAUUCGUAAACUGAACCGUCACAACCAACGGCAGCCAGGACAACAGGGUCUGAUGAUGGAGAUGCUAUGGACUGACCCACAGACCCAGCCUGGACGCGGUCCAAGCAAACGUGGCGUUGGUCUCCAGUUUGGUCCCGACAUCACUAAGCGGUUCUGUGAGAACAAUGGUCUGGAAGCUAUUAUCCGGUCGCACGAGGUUCGCAUGGAGGGCUACGAGGUUGAACACGACGGCCGGUGUAUUACCGUCUUCUCCGCCCCGAAGUACUGUGACUCGACAGAGAACAAGGGCGCAUAUAUCAAUCUUGGACCUGAACUUAAGCUCCAAUAUGAGGUGUUUGAUGCAGUUCCUCACCCUGAUAUCAAACCUAUGGCGUAUGCUCAAAACUCAAUCUUAUCGCAAAUGUGA